AUGCAGGGCUUGAACUUCGCCAUUUUCCUCGGCCUCGUAGCCGGUUCCCUAGCGGGCAACCUCGGCUAUGGCGGUCUAGCCGUCGGCCACGGAGUGGCUGUAGGCCAUGGACUCGGCUACGGAGGACUGGGAUACGGUGGACUUGGAUACAGUGGACUCGGCUACGGUGGACUCGGCUAUGGCGGUGGAGUAGGCUACGGCGUUGGGCUCGGCUACGGAGGUGGACUGGGCUACGGAGGCGGACUCGGCUUUGGAGGCGGGCUCGGCUACGGAGGUGGGCUCGGUUACGGCCUGGGCGGAGUCGGCUUCGCGGCUGCUCCCGUGGCUGUGGCUGCCCCAGUUGCAGUAGCUCGUCCAGUUGCGGUGGCCCACCAGGUCGUCCAUGUGGCACGUCCGGUCGUCCACGUGGCACGCCCUGUCGUCCACGUCGCUCGCCCAGUGGCGGUGGCCCAACCGGUGGUCCAUGUGGCCCGUCCAGUCGUUCACGUAGCACCACGCCCAGUUGUUCACUACGCACGUCCUGUCGCGGUGGCCCAGAGGUUCGUCACGGUGGCCCAGCCGGUCGCAGUGGCCCAGCCGGUCGCAGUAGCCCAGCCCGUGGUCGCCGUUGCUCGUCCUGCCGUGGCCGUUGCUAGGACUGUGACUGUGGCGCAGCCGGCCGUCGCUGCUGUGGGAGUGGGCCUCGGCGGAUUCGGCGGAUACGGCGGCGGAUUCGGCGGCGGAUUCGGCGGCGGACUUGGUGGCUACGGCGGCCUUGGCUACGGUGACGGACUCAGCUACGGACUCGGAUACGGCGGUGUUGGAUACGGACUUGGAGGCGGAUACGCCCUCGGAGGACUCAACUAUGGAGUGGGGGGUUACAAGUAUGCGCUUAGGAAGAAAUGA